AUGGACUCCAACGAUAAGCCCUGCCCAAUUCGCAGAGAGAUACGCCCCGGUUUCCGUCGUAUAGGUAUCGGGAGAAUUCGUCGCGGAAUUGCCACCUGCCGCCUGGUCGCUUGUGAUACGAACGCUUGUGAAAUGAAAGCUGGGGGUACGGCCGCUCUGGGUAUGGACUUCGUGUCUGAAAUAUCCUUUGAAGAACUGAACGAGAGAUUGCGGAAAUCACAGGAACAGCUUCAAAUACGCCUAUCCACUGAGUUACUGAAGAGAAGACUGGAGAGCCAAGAGAAGAGCCGAAGAGAUUGUCGUGAUGAGUUUGAAAAGCUGUCGACAUGUAUCUCAACAUUGAGAGGACAAUUGGAGAAGUUCUGGUCUUCCACGGCAGAGUUCAGUAGACGCCGCACGCAAUGCCAGGGUCGACGCUUUAGUCUGCGAAGCUACUACCUGAAAAGGUACUUGGAACUAGUUCUCGAUUUCAAACUGUCGAGUUACUACCUGGGACCCGAUGGCAAGCUGGAUCGCGCACUUCAAGGAGCCCAGGGAUUUUUAUCGACGUCGGAGUUAUGGUCAUCGAAUGAAUUCGUUUUCGCGCAAUCAACCUCGCCCUCUCAAACGGCGGAAGAUCUCCUCCUGGCCAAUUUUCGAAACGCGCAGUUGAGACUGAAUGAGCUGUCCGCGUAUGGAGCCCUGCUGGAAACGAACUUUGAGAAUGUCAAAGAACAACUAGAGCAACUUUUGUCCGUCGAAGAUGCACUGGACGAAGAACAGAGGCAGACGGAGCUGGAACAGCGACAAUCCGAGAGAUCCAUGGAGCGUCUCGAGCGAUUCAUGAGAGAUGUGACACUCCGGCUGCAGAUGCUCGUUGUGCUGCUUCUCCUGUGCGGCAAAUUUUCCGGCGUCUCGGACAAUGAUCAACCGAUGUGUACAACCAUGCCCUGGAACAUCCGACCAGCUCUGAUUGUGCUGUGGGGUGUCUGUUGGAUGUUCUAUACCCCCGAAGGCAACGUGGAUCCAACGGGUAGACAAGACACCGGACUGGACAGAAAUCUGGAUAUCUCAAUGAUAGAUUGGCCUCAAUGGAUCAAUGACGGGCCAUUUCAGAUUUCCAAUCAGGAUCCUUCCCUGUACAACCAAGAUCCGAUCGCACAACGACCAACGUUACCAGCUGCAACCGAAGCUUCGACCCCAUUUUUCAUGCCUGAUUUCUUCCAGGACCUAGCUCUGGACGCUGCGUCCUUGAACCAGAGCCUGUAUAAAGGUGGUCCCGAUCGCAGAGUGGCGCUCGACCCAAAAGACGCAUUCAGUAGCUUGAAUCUCACAUCAAACAUGGAGGUAUUACCGACAUAUCCGAUGAUCAGUGGCUAUCAUCCAGGAUUAGCCAACGAGCAACUGGCAGGGUUCCAUCCAGGACUGGUGCCGUCUGCAUCUACGGCGACUGACAGACCAAAUACCCUUGCGGAACAAUCGACAUCGUCGUCAAGGCCACUAAGCGGGUCUGAACAGCCGCGGCAGCCUACACCCUACCGUCCGGAAGUUUCUAUGACUUGCGAGCAUACCCAAUGUAGCGGUUUGACGUUUGAUCAUCCAUCUGACUGGAACAAUUGCAAAUACUCGCUUACACCACACUUCAAGCGCAAGGACAAUUUUGUUGAUCAUUUGAAGAGAUUACAUGGAUAUUCACCGGCCAAUGCGAAAGCUAAAGCAGACUCUGAAACCAUAUCGCAGGCUAGAUCGCAGCUCGAACUUCAGACCGAACCCCAUUCUCCGUCUUGUGAAAUACCAAAUAUCCCGACCAUUGCUACGUCGGCGGCCAACGCAGGUCCUGCAAUGGCAAAUUCAUCUCAGCCAGACCGAACCCUCUCUACCGCGCCUGGACCAUCGAAGAAGCGACGUCUAAGCAAGACUGCGCCGUAUCCAAGCGAGCUGUCAGACCUCUCAAGGAACCCGAAUCAAGAACCCUACAACGAAGAAGAGACGUGGAAGAGAAAGGUCGCCAGAUACGAGACGGAGAUGGAAGCCUUGCGCGCCCAAAAUGCUUCUUUGAGGACUCGAAAUGACUUAUUGGAGAGCAGGAUUCAGAGGCUGGAAGCGAAUCAGGACUCACUAAUUGCUAUGUUGGCGGAACGUCGGUCUUCGUAG